GCGGGGCCGAGCGGGGCCGUGGCCCGCGCACCACGUGGUUCUCCACGUGUGAGGCUCUGCCGGAGACGAGAGGGUCGAGGUGUCGCAACUGUUUGCUCCGACCACAGGCACGGACGGUGGCCUGCUCUAAAUCCAAAUGUGACCUAUAAAUGGAUAGGAAAAACAGCCUGUGCCAUCUGCAGAUCGCGGGCUGUGAGGCGGCCUUUUAUUUGAGUUCCUGUCGGGCGUAGUUCUCAAGUAACCGCUGUUAGUCAUUUAGGAGCCAGCGUUGUCACAACGGUUUAUUAAACCUAAUAGUGAGUUCUGCUUUCCUUUGUACACUCAGUGGGAUCCCAUUGCUACGCAGCCCUGGGGUUGCCUAGUCCGUGUUUCCUUCUUCAGUGCAGACUUGCCUAGAGAAGCAAUCCUACAUCUGUCCUCAAAGUGAAGAGGUUAAAUAAGUUCACCCGGGCUGUGUAACAAUUCUGUUAGUUACAGGUUUAAGCUGCCGCUUAAUCUGACUUUGUUAAUGUCUGGGCUGAUUUUUAUGUUUAAAGCCUCACAUGUUGCUCAUGGUGUUUACUUUAAGUUUGAAAUUUCAUACAGAUAGACAGAAAAAAUUAAAGGGGAUGGUGGUAAAAUGUGCAUAUUUGGUAAAUAAGGUUUAUCCCUUUCCAUAUUAACGAGUAUGGAUAGGCAGAAAGUGCUUCUGAGUCACUUCUUGAUGAACUUUUGUUCUCUUUCUUGUUUGUGUCAACACAGAUAGCCAAGAAUUACUUGUCUAAUUGGAGUCAUGGUGUCCUUUUGUCCUGGUUUCUGGUUCCUCUUGAGUCUUAGUUAAUGUUCAGCAGUCCUGGGUCAGCGUAGCUGUGAAAUGUAUUGAGGGGUCCCAAAAGGAAUGUAGGGAUUGGCUUUUCACUUCUCUAGGUUUCCUUGAAUUUUUAAACUAGUUUCUUUCAGAAUUGGAGUAUUGUUAUCUGCUGGUCAGAAUACUUAAUUUUGUAUCUUGUUUUAGUGAGAACAGAAGAGGGAGACAGGAGCAUCACUAACUCUGUGGUAGCAGGUUUUCAGGUUACAGCGUGGAAAUUAACUGCUAAAUAUUGAGUGGCUUUGGUGACAGUCAUGUGUCCUGUGUUCAAGAAUUCUUACAUGUUGCUUGGGAAACAAAAACUCCUCAUAUAUGGUACUUCCUGUAAAAUGAGUAAUGCUUUUUGACUUCUCUUUUGAAACUAAAUGCUAGACUUAGGGUUAGCAGGCCUUUCUGCCCUUUCAGUGCUCUAGAGGACAGCAGAGCUGUCCUUCCUGUCACGUUGGGGUUUCAGCAUGCUCAGCUCUGGGCUGGCUUGUCCAGUUCAGGUGUGGUGGCGUGGGUUGGUCACAACAGCCUGGGAACAUCCUGCUGAUUUCCCAACGCGUGCCUCUGAUAGAGCUGCCUUGCUGAAGGGCUUUACGUGUGCUGGCUCGAGCAGUGGCUUUUAUCUGCUCUGUCCUUUGAUUGAAGGAGUGAAGUCCUGCUGAUACCAACUGCGAGUGCUCUGCUUGUAGGUGAAAAGAAGCACUGACAGGUGAUCUGCAGCCAUGAGUAGCAACGAGUGCUUCAAGUGUGGCCGUACUGGCCACUGGGCCCGGGAGUGCCCCACUGGGAUGGGCCGUGGCCGUGGGAUGAGGAGCCGUGGCAGAGCAGGCUUCCAGUUCAUGUCUUCGUCUCUGCCGGAUAUCUGUUACCGCUGUGGUGAGUCUGGCCAUCUUGCCAAGGACUGUGAUCUUCAGGAGGAUGAAGCCUGCUAUAACUGCGGUAGAGGUGGCCACAUUGCGAAGGACUGCAAGGAGCCCAAGAGGGAGAGGGAGCAGUGCUGCUACAACUGUGGCAAGCCCGGCCACCUGGCCCGCGACUGCGACCACGCAGACGAGCAGAAGUGCUAUUCUUGUGGAGAGUUCGGGCACAUUCAAAAAGACUGCACCAAAGUGAAAUGCUAUAGGUGUGGUGAAACUGGCCAUGUAGCCAUCAACUGCAGCAAGACCAGCGAAGUCAACUGCUACCGCUGCGGCGAGUCAGGGCACCUUGCACGGGAAUGCACAAUUGAAGCUACAGCCUAAUUAUUUUCCUUUGUCGCCCCUCCUUUUUCUGAUUGAUGGUUGUAUUAUUUUUCUCUGAAUCCUCUUCACUGGCCAAAGGUUGGCAGAUAGAGGCUACUCCCAGGCCAGUGAGCUUUACUUGCCGUGUAAAAGGAGGAAAGGGGUGGAAAAAUCAACUUUCUGCAUUUAACUACAAAAAUGUUUAUGUUUAGUUUGGUAGAGGUGUUAUGUAUAAUGCUUUGUUAAAGAACCCCCUUUCCGUGCCACUGGUGAAUAGGGAUUGAUGAGUGGGAAGAGUUGAGUCAGACCAGCAAAAACCCUCUCUGGGUUACAGGGAAGUGAUCCUAUGCAGGAGGAAAGAAAUUCUGGAAGUGUCUAAACUUCCUCAUAACUUUUAUUUUACUACAAUGGCCUUGGAUUGUCUGACCUCAGUAGCUGUUAACACCAAGUGAUAUCUGCAUCAGGCCCUACCUAGAGCAUAUAGCUGAGUGGGAGUAAACAAACAAGAUGCACAUGCCUGUUAAUGGCCAUGAGAGAGAGAGAGAGAAAUCCGAAAUAAAUCUAAAAGUAACAGUAAUUCAGUCAGUGAACGUUAAUGUUGGAGAUACAGAACGUAAUGGGAAGCUUUUGAAUAAAUAUCUCAAAGUCAAUCUGAAACCCAGACAUCAGUGCUCAUAGCAUAUACAAUUUGGAGCUAUUCAGGAGUUGCAAAUAAAUGCAUUUUCACAGAAAUCAAGAUGUUAUUUUUGUAUACUAUAUCACUUAGACAACUGAGUUUCAUUUGCUUGUAAUCGGUUUUUAAAGUAAGAUGGUAAGAGCAAUUGAAGUCCUAGAACAUAGAAAAUGUAAUUUUAAACUAUCAAUAAAGCUGGAGGAGGAAGGGGAGUUUGGCUAAAGUUCCUUUUGUUCAUUUUUGGUUUUCCUGUACACAGUGCAAAAUAACAUAUUAAAAGGGGUAUGUGGAGGUUCA